AUGGCCCAAAUGUUCGAACAUCACCCUCCGAAACCAUCGCCAGUAUUAUACAUAGUCGCCGGCGCAAACCGUGGCAUCGGCCUCGGAAUCAUCAAAGCCUGCCUCGUUAAUGGCGCAACUAGCCUCUUUGUCAUCCAUACGGAUGUGACCCAGUCAUCGAGCAUCGCUGCAGCGGUGGAUAUGAUUAUUGACGAAGCUGGUGCGCUGCAUGAUAUGACACAUAAGCCUGCAUUGGACUUCAUGGAUGAAGAGAUUGAAGUGUUGUUCUCUGUGAAUUUUAUCGGAUCAUUUUACACAGCAAGAAUGGCUGCGCGAGCCUUUAUUCGGCUUGGAAUCAAGGCAUCCCACAACAUCUGUGUCAACGGCAUCUCCCCUGGCCUCGUCAACACAGCCAUGGCCCACUGGGUGCCGCAGCAAACUGACUGGAAGCAGCAGUUGAAUUAUUAUGGUGGGUUUCCGAGAUUGGCGGAGGCACAGGAAUUGGUAGGCGUGUAUGUGUAUUCGUUGAGGGACGCGGCGAGUUAUACGACUUCGACUGAUAUUCCGGUGAAUGGGAUCAUUGAAAGUGAGUACUUCUGUUUUAUUCUGAACUGA